AUAUUCACUUCUUCCGACAUCCCAAACUCACCCCACACACAUCUAACUGUUUCUUCACAAUGUUGAAAUCUGCAAAACAAUAUUAUGACUUUCUCAUCAACCAUGUCCCUAAACUUUUCAUCAUAACCCUAAUCUUUGCAAUCUCUAUUCCAACAUUUCAACAAUUCCCAUACCAUCUUCUUAACCAUCUUUCUUUAGUCCACACACUCAUUUUCACCUUGCUAAUCAUUUCCAUUCUCACAUUCUACUUCUUGAACAAGCCUCGAACCAUUUACCUCGUCGACUUCGCUUGUUUCAAGCCGCCUAACAUCCUCCGAGUGCCGUUUGCUACCGCGGCUGAACACGGUAGCAUCAUCUUAGCCUCACAGCCCAAGAGCAUUGCUUUCCAACUCAAAAUCUUUGAAAGAUCCGGUUUGGGUGAAGAAACAUGUUUACCACAUGCAUUGCAUUAUCUUCCACCAAACCCUAAUAUGGCUGAUGCUAGAGAUGAAUCCCAAUUGGUCAUUUUCUCAGCCAUGGAUUCGUUGUUUCAAAACACGGGUAUUAGCCCGAAAGAUAUCGAUAUCUUGAUCAUAAACUGCAGUCUCUUUGCACCAACUCCUUCUCUUUCGGCCAUGGUGGUUAGCAAGUACAAGAUGAGAAGCAACGUUAAAAGUUUUAACUUGUCGGGUAUGGGUUGUAGCGCGGGUUUAAUAUCCAUAGAUUUCGCGAAACACCUACUCCAAGUCCACCCAGAGUCGUACGCGGUGGUGAUUAGUACUGAAAUAAUCACCCCCAACUCUUACAUGGGGAAAGAACGGUCAAUGCUCCUCCCAAACUGUCUCUUCAGGAUGGGAGGAGCGGCUGUUCUUCUGACCAAUAAAAGGUCACAACGCAAGCAUGCAAAGUACAGUCUUGUCCAUGUGGUUCGGACCCACAAAGGGUCCGAAGACAAAUCUUACCGUUGUGUAACACAAGAAGAAGACAAAGAAGGUCAUGUCGGGAUAGCCUUAAACCUAGAUCUAAUGGUCAUCGCGGCCAACUCGUUAAAAUCAAACAUAAGCACCAUAGGACCAUUGGUUCUUCCAAUAUCCGAACAACUCUUGUUUCUUUUCAAUCUUUUAGGAAGAAAGUUCCUUAAACUUGAUCUAAAACCCUACAUUCCCGACUUCAAAAAGGCGUUUGAUCAUUUCUGUAUACACGCGGGUGGACGUGCGGUUAUUGACGAUCUUCAGAAGCAUCUGAGGCUGUCGGCGGAGCACGUUGAAGCGUCGAGAAUGACGUUGCACCGGUUUGGGAACACAUCAUCAUCUUCAUUGUGGUAUGAGAUGGGUUAUAUGGAAGCAAAAGGGAAGAUGAAGAAAGGAGAUAGGGUAUGGCAAAUAGGGUUUGGAAGUGGGUUUAAAUGCAACAGUGCGGUUUGGGAAUGUAACAGAGAUAUUGAAAGCCCGAAGAAUAGUGCAUGGGCUGAUUGCAUUCAUAGGUACCCAGUGAACGAGCCAGAAGUUAUUAAGCUUUAAGCUAGGGGCAAAUGUGUCAUUUCGUUUUACGUGUGAUUUCGACAUAACCUUAAAUAAAAAUAUUUCAGGUGUUUUAUAUUGUUUUAGCAUGCUUUUGGACUUGUGAAGUGAAAAUUAGCAAUUGUUUGUUGGUUAAUCUCAAGCGACUUAUAUGAAUCGACAAGAAGCAAGUCGUUUUAUAAAA